UGCCAGCCCGCACAUGUGUUUUCAAAAAAAAUAAACCCAGAAAUCCAAUAAAAAAAUAUAUUUCGAGGAACUCCCAUCACCCACAAUGACCAAGGACAUCAAGAGGAAGCUACUGGCCCAGCAACAGGUCUUCUCCCGGAUGAACUUCCUCUUCCAGGCGGCACACCUGAUGGCCGACCAGCAACAACCCAAACUGGCGGCUUACUACGGCAAACUAUGCCGGAAUGUGGGCACCAAGGCCGUCAUGCGCAUGGCACCCGCCGUGAAGCGCCAGCUGUGCCGACGCUGCUCCCAGCCCUUGAUUCCCGGCGUGAAUACCGAGCUCCAGGUGGAGAAGGAGCCGGAGCAGAAGCCGAAGCCCAAGAAGAAGCGUAAUCGUCGCCUGAAGAAGACGAAACCCAAGCAGGAAAAGCUAGAGGAGCCUAUACCCCCACUGGAAUCUCCACCAGAAAUUCCCGCCGAGAUUGAACGCCUCUCCCUCUUCCUGGAGUGCUCGCUCUGCAAAAGUCGACGCACCUUUGUGCCCACAGAGAACCAAAGAGAGUGCUGGCUGGAGCAGCCGGAGGCCGUCGCCUCAGAGUACUCUUUGCUGGAAGAGAACGACCUGUGA